AGCAGGUUCUCGCGACCGAUAGCCAUCUCGGAAGGCAGAACCCAUAGAUACAGUAUAUCCAACAACUUCCGCAGGUAUUUGCACAUAUAAUCGCCGACCAUCAGAUCUGACACCAUUUGCCAUGUCGUCGCUGUUCUCAGCUCAGCUACAUCCCGGGCGGGCCCUGGGCUUUCUUGUGCUCGGCGCCUCCCUGCACGAUAUUUUGACCCGUAUCAAGGCCGAGCCUCAACGGUUCCCGAAUAUCGAGGUCUUUUACGACCCCAAAGACCCGGUGAAGCAGCCGGUCACCAUUGGCCUACCAGCAAACGGAGUUCGGAUGCGGUUCGAUGGGCCCGAACAACGGCUGAGGCUGAUCGAGGUGCUCGACUUCACCAAAAACCAUAUCUUCCUCAGGCCGGCCAAUGACAAGGAGCGGGAUCUCGUCCGCCCAAGUCAAGGGGCCUCAGCCGCUACUGACACUACACCCGGCCCGACGUUUCGUCAUAUCUACCAGCGAUUCUUGGGCCCUACAUAUGAUGGGGAGUAUGCAGCGGCGGCCGAGAUUUAUAUCCUGUCGUACCCAGGUGUCGCCUUUACCUUUCCCCUGAAAAAGAAAGAAUACUCGUCUUCCAAAGACGUCGUAUCACUGCUUCCUUCAACAGCGGUCCCAAAAUCCAUGGCUGUGUUCAGCGGCGAUUCCUUUGCCCAGGCUCGCCAGACGAUGUGGACGGAGAUACUUCCGAGCAUCAAGACAUUUGCGCCUCUUGCCAAGGGCAAGGACAUGUGUCCGGACGAGGUCUCCCUGGUGAAGAUUCACGGCGGUGGCCGGCUGCAGUUGAUGCGAAAAUGGACCAACAACUCAUUCUCGAUCAUGCUCGGCGAGACUACGCCGCAGCAACUAGUGGCCGAGCUGGGCCCGCCCGACGCCAUCUACCGCAAAAACGACCAGGGCAUGUACAUUCACAAGCUUAGGGCUGCUAGUAACACCAUGACUCAGCCUAGCGGGAGCGACCUGAAGCGACAGGACGAUCUGACAGACACAGACCAGUCAUCGCACCAGGCCUCGGACGAGUAUGACUCGGACGAUGAGGCCGUCGAUGAUGGCGUGGUGGCCAACGUAUCAGGCGAAUGCUUUUACAAUUACUUCUAUCUCGGAUUUGACGUCCUGGUCUCGACGCCCACUGCCCCCUCCCAGCCGCCGCCGUCGCAAGGCGGUAAUCCAUACAUCCCCGGGACACCCGCCGACCGCCUGGUGGCCACCAAGCUAAUACUCCACGGAAAUGUUCCCGGCUCCUACCCCUUCAACCGGCAUCGCCGCUGCCGCUGGGAACUAAUUUACCUCAGCCCUUCCUCUGCAGAUUCCAGUCCUGACGCCGUCAUAAACUCCGAGACGCCCUUCCCACAGAUCGAGGAGCGACUUCGCGAGGAAUGGAAAUCAAUCUACCCGUCCGAAGCCGAGGCUCGGCAGAAGCAGCGAGGGAUGGUGCUCAACCGCGGCUGGGGCGACAGCCCUGGCAGUAGCUGCGAGUUGCUCGGCGGGUGGGAGGAGAGCGGGGGAACGAAUCCGGGUGUCGGGAAGGGCAAAGCGGAGGACUCGACGACCACGCUGUAUGGCUUUCCCGGACUGGUGUUUGAGGUGUUGAAGAAUGGCUAUGUGAGUGCUGUUACGGUGUUUUAGGGCCGAGUUUACUCGAUAGGUUCAGGGCGUUUAGGUAGUAGGUUUUAGGGUCAAACGGGGUUGCAAAGGGAAAGAGGGACUGGGGUUCGAGUUUUGAUUAUCCGGGGUCAUAGGGCGCAUUACUACAGGCUAGCAUCACGCCAGCCGGGCUCUGGGAUUGCUGGCUGCGGAAUACACUGAUAUUGUUAUUCUUCUUCCGUUGCUGGUUGGUUUUUGGUGAAUGUUGGCGAGUCA